UGUGUGUGUGUGUAUAAUCCAUUCUGUUUUCUGUGUUCCAGAAAUAGAAUCUCCAAAUCCAAGUUCAGUCGCUACUCCCGGAGAUGGAACCGGCUCUGCAGGAGGAAGUGUCGAGCGGGCGUCAAAUCCCAGUUCUUCUACUGGCUGGUGAUCUUCCUGGUGUUCCUGAACACGCUGACCAUCGCGUCGGAGCAUCACCAGCAGCCCGACUGCUGACCGACGUCCAAGACAUCGCCAACAAGGUGCUACUGGCCCUGUUCACGGGGGAGAUGCUGCUCAAGAUGUACAGCCUGGGUCUUCAGGCCUACUUUGUGUCUCUCUUCAACCGCUUUGACUGCUUUGUGGUGGGGGGGGGGAUCCUGGAGACCAUCCUGGUGGAGACCAAGAUCAUGUCCCCGCUUGGCAUCUCCGUCCUGCGCUGCGUACGCCUCCUGCGGAUCUUUAAGAUAACCAGAUACUGGAACUCUCUGUCCAACCUGGUGGCGUCGCUGCUGAACUCGGUCCGCUCCAUCGCGUCCCUGCUGCUGCUGCUCUUCCUCUUCAUCAUCAUCUUCUCCCUGCUCGGCAUGCAGCUGUUUGGCGGGAAGUUCAACUUCGACAUCACGCGCCGCAGCACCUUCGACAACUUCCCCCAGUCUCUGCUCACCGUGUUCCAGAUCCUGACGGGAGAGGACUGGAACCUGGUGAUGUACGACGGCAUCAUGGCGUACGGCGGCCCGUCCUUCCCCGGGAUGCUGGUCUGCAUCUACUUCAUCAUCCUCUUCAUCUGCGGAAACUACAUCCUCCUGAACGUCUUCUUGGCCAUCGCUGUCGACAACCUGGCGGACGCCGAGAGUCUGACCUCGGCCCAGAAGGAGGAAGAGGAGGAGAAGGAGAGGAAGAAACUGGCCAGGACGGCGAGCCCAGAGAAGCGCAAAGUGAACGAGAAGCCGCCACUGAAGGAGGAGAAGAAGGAGAAGAAGAAGAAGGAGAAGAUAGAGCUCAAGUCCAUCACAUCUGACGGAGAGACCAACACCGCCACUAAGAUCAACAUGGACGUCUACGUUGGGGACGAGACUGAGGGGAAGAACCCCUACCCAGCCAAUGACUACAUCACUAAAGUGGGCGAGGAGGAGGAGGAGGAGCCGGAGAUGCCGGUGGGCCCCCGGCCGCGGCCCCUGUCCGACGUCCAGCUGAAGGAGAAGGCCAUCCCCAUGCCGGAGGCCCGCGCCUUCUUCGUCUUCAGCCACACCAACAAGUUCAGGCUGCUGUGCCACCAGAUUGUGAACCACAACGUGUUCACCAACCUCAUCCUCUUCUUCAUCCUGCUGAGCAGCAUCAGUCUGGCUGCAGAGGACCCCGUUCAGAACGACUCCUUCAGGAACCAGAUCCUGGGCUAUGCAGACCACGUGUUCACCGGCCUCUUCACCAUAGAGAUCCUCCUGAAGAUGACAGCCUACGGGGCCUUCCUCCACAAAGGCUCCUUCUGCAGGAACUACUUCAACAUCCUGGACCUGGUGGUGGUCAGUGUGUCCCUCAUAUCGUCUGGGAUACAAUCCAGUGCCAUCAACGUGGUGAAGAUCCUGAGGGUCCUACGAGUUCUGAGACCCCUGAGAGCCAUCAACAGAGCCAAGGGGCUGAAGCACGUGGUUCAGUGCGUCUUCGUCGCCAUCAGGACCAUCGGCAACAUCGUCAUCGUCACCUCACUGCUGCAGUUCAUGUUCGCCUGCAUAGGAGUGCAGCUGUUCAAGGGGAAGUUCUUCUUCUGCUCGGACACGUCCAAGCAGACGAACGCCGAGUGCAGUGGGUAUUACAUCCUGUAUAAGGACGGUGACGUGUUGAAGCCGGAGAGAGCCAAGAGGGAAUGGGAGAACAGCGCCUUCAACUUCGACAACGUGCUGCAGGGCAUGAUGGCUCUGUUCGCCGUGUCCACCUUUGAGGGCUGGCCAGGGCUGCUGUACCGCGCCAUCGACUCCCACACGGAGGACAUCGGCCCCAUCUACAACUACCGCGUGGUCAUCUCCAUCUUCUUCAUCAUCUACAUCAUCAUCAUCGCCUUCUUCAUGAUGAACAUCUUCGUCGGUUUCGUCAUCGUCACCUUCCAGGAGCAAGGGGAGCAGGAGUACAAGAACUGUGAGCUGGACAAGAACCAGCGUCAGUGCGUGGAGUACGCCCUGAAGGCCCGGCCCCUUCGGCGAUACAUCCCCAAGAACCCGUACCAGUACAAGGUGUGGUACGUGGUCAACUCCAGCUACUUCGAGUACCUGAUGUUCACGCUCAUCCUGCUGAACACCAUCUGCCUGGCCAUGCAGCAUCACGGCCAGACGAAAGGCUUCAACGACGCCAUGAACAUCCUCAACAUGCUUUUCACCGGCCUCUUCACUGUGGAGAUGAUCCUCAAACUGAUCGCCUUCAAGCCCAGGGGUUACUUUAGUGACCCCUGGAAUGUGUUUGAUUUCCUCAUCGUAAUUGGCAGCAUAAUAGACGUCAUUCUCAGUGAGAUCAACCCAGCUGACUCCUCCUCGUCCUCCUCCUCGUCCUCCUCUUCCUCCUCUCAUCCCCCCGUGGUAAGGCCAAUGGGACUGCAGAACUCAGAAGAGAACGCCAGGAUCUCUCUUCUCUUCUUCCGGCUGUUCCGCGUGAUGAGGCUGGUGAAGCUGUUGUCUCGCGGGGAGGGGAUUCGGACCCUGCUGUGGACCUUCAUCAAAUCGUUUCAAGUGAGGGAGAACCGGACGCAACACGCUGUAGUCGGGCUGGAGGGCUGGAUUCACACCGCUAGCGCGAAACCCACCCAGAGGGCAGGCUGUUGUUAGAUUAGGAGCCACUAGCUGUCGUCGUGUUAGCUCGUGAAUUAGCAGUUUAUUAGGGAGUUUAAUCAGACACAAUGGAUGGUACAUUUUUAUUAUUAUUUAUUAGAUUUUAUCUUUAUUUGACCAGGAAGAAUCCCGUUGAGAUUCAGUAUCUCUUUUACAAGGGAGUCCUGGCCAAGACAGCCGCAUAUAGUUCCACAUAAAAUAUGCAUAACAAAAUAGACAAUUUAACAUCAUCUCAACAUGUUCACCCGCAACGUUCUGUGCAUUUAGUACUCAAAUAGUCCUAAAUAUAUGUAAUAUGACAUUACACAUAUCGCAUUGUAUUAUAUGAAAUAUUAUUAUUAGUAUACUUAUGUCUUAUAUUUUAUUACACAA